CUUGAAGCACAACAUAACAACAGAUUAAAGAUGGAGAACUACCAGCAUGCUGUGUUUUUUGAGGCAAAGAGUCUUUCAGAUGAGGAACUUAGACAAAUACAAAUAUACUUUAAAAUCAAGAGAAGGUCUGGAGGAGGAGAUUGUGAGAUCUACAAAGUGGGUAACAGCACCUACAAGAUAAGUUUUAGGAACAAAAAUGCCCAGGAAAGAGUACUAGAACGAAAGGAUCAUGUCAUCACAGUAGAAGGACAAGAGGACAUCCAUGUAUUAAUAAGACAUGAAAAUGUCGCUGAAAGCAGUGAACAACCUACAGCAUCUGUAAAUCAGAAAUGUGCAAGUGCUAAAAGUGUGGAGAAGGUUUUAAAACUGGACCAUUAUCUACUACGCUUCUUCAGUGAAUGUAAAAGCCCAUAUUCAGAUUUGGAAAAACGCCUCUCUAAGGUCUCCAGCACCUUCAAAAUCAACACUGACUGUGAAGAGUUGGUAGUGACGAGGGACCCAGCUGCUGCAGAUGUUUUGUCCCUGAAGAAAUGGGAAUUUGCAGUGGAUGAAGUGUUUGAGACUCUAAAGUUACGCUAUAUCAUCCACUUUGAGGUUGAAAGCGACAAAUCUGCGAUUCUGGAAAAAACCUCUUUCCUCCAAAGUGAUAACUUUAAAGUCUAUUUUGAAGAACUAACAUGUUUAGCUGUGGUGGUCGGAGAACGAACAGAAGUGGAGAAGAUUUAAAAAUUACUAAGCCGCUUGCAGGACAAACAGCAGGUUCAACAAGAGUGUUGCGUGUCUGAGAAACAAUAUGACCUCAUCAAAGAGCAGUUCGAGCCAUACAUAAAAACUAAAUUACCUGCCCUUAAGAUCGCACAGGAACGAGCAGGUGUUCUCCUUCUGAAGGGUCCUGAGAAAGAGGUCCAUGCAGGUGAAGAAGAGCUUUUAAAAUUAGUGCUAGGAAUCAAAGAGAAGAGGAUCCCAUCACACUGUGCUAUUAUGACCUUCUUGGAAUCAAGUGGCAGUAUACAGCACUUCCAAAACCGAUUCCAGCAGAGCCUCCGCAGCCCGGUUAUGCUGGAGACUUCGGGUUCAGAUCUUCUUCUGUUGAGUCUGUCUGACGGAGCGCUAGAGGAGGCAGCCACUGCUUUGCAGAGAGAUGUGUGUUUGGAGACUGUGCAUCUGGAAAAUACUCAGAAAUCAUCUGUUACUAAACUGAAAGAGGAUUUGAAUGAAGCCAUCAAUCAAGCCAAUCGUGGAAGUGUUAAAGUGGAGCUUAAAUACCAGGAUGAAUCAACUACUGUCCUCAAAGUGCAACUUGUGGGCUACACUACUGAAGUUAAU